AUGGAAGCAAUAACGUUCGCCAACCCAGCCAUUCAAUUAGUAGAUCUAAUCAUUCGCUUUUUGGGCCACCAGAUCUACCCUGAUAAGGGCAAUCAACAACCUCUGAUUCUGAUGCAACGGUUCAAGCAUCUCCAAAAAGUCUUCAGCGAACUACAAGUAGAGCAAAAUUACGAGUCGACUGAUUACGCCGAUAAAACCAAUGUUCCCAAAUAA